AUGUCUGCCCUUCCUAAAGCGAUGCGUACAAUGCGCAUCAUUGCCUUGCCUCUUGCUCGCCCAAAGAUCCCGCCUGAUCAAGGCCUGAAGCCACACGCGGUUUUCAACCCCAACCGCAUGCUUAUCUUCUACCAUUUUGACCUCUCUCAAGGCAACAGUGUUAAAAGUCAAGACCAGUCUGCUAUGAAGCGAGCGAUGAAAUGGGCGUCCACAAAAGCUGCCGACCUUUGGGCUGGUUUUGGAAAGGCACCCGAAGGCAGUUGGAAGUUGCAAACUUAUGAGCUUGGCGAACGCAUUGUCGACCGCAUAGACUUUGAGGAGCUAGUCCUGAAAGGCGUUGACCCUUCUUUAGGGCCAUCGAUUACUCACGCAGACUCGGAUAUAACUGGACAAGAAGCAGAUGAGAUACCCCUCAUUUAUCCGCCAUCUAUUUACGCUUCACUACCGCCCACUGGUAUGGAUGAAAUAUUGCAUCCCUCAAUUGUACACCUUCGCACACUUCUAACCAGUCGGGAACCCCGGCAUCGCAGAGGAUUUUGGAUGUGGAUGGCAAUUGCUCCACUGACGGCCCCCUUCAUCCUUGUCCCCGUCAUACCCAACCUUCCAUUCUUCUUCUGUGCAUGGAGAUCCUGGUCACAUUACAGAGCAUAUAGAACUUCACAGUAUCUAUCAUCCCUUCUAGAUCACGGGUUGAUUGCGCCAGAGCCGAGCCCGGCACUUGAUCAACUCUACGCUUCUCACGUCCCAUCCUUACCGAACAUCAAAAGUUUGCGCUCGCCAACGGCGCCCCCUCCUGAAUCCGUGACAUCGUUACCGGUAAAUGCUUCAAGCACGAAUAGUGGCUGCCCGCCCAGUGAUGUCUCAGCUUCUCCAUCACAGCCCGGUGCAUCUAACGUGCGCAAGACCUCGCAACGGCUAUUACUUACUCGCAAAGCCAUUCCGCAUAUCUUGCAGCUUUUUGGUCUUCCACAAUCGUCAGCGGCAGACAUGUAUCGCGCGGUAGAACAAGUGCGCGGACGUCUCGGAGGAACACCCGGCCGGUGA